AUGCCGUUCGAGGGCCACGAUUCCCAAAUAAUGACCGCAUCCAAUGCUGAGGCCGCCGGGUCAUUUGCAUCCAUGGAAGACCCCUUCGUUGCGAAUUCCGGAAGGCCAGCUGUCCCUGGCGACUCCAAUAAUCGGUACUCGUCCUUCGAUACCCAGCUAUACAGCCUAAAUGCGUCUUCACCAGCACAGGCCAAACGGGCCCUCGAGGCCCACUUGGCGGAGACGGAGCGUCGACUGGAGGAGGCUUCAAGGCUAGGAACGGCCCUUAUCGAUCAGCAGCGGCAACUAUCAGAACAGUUGAAGGAGGUUGAGCAGGAGCAGAAUGAGGGAGAGAUGGGCCCAGAACUGCGACGCAAACUUGCCGAUUUGGAGAAAGAGUACAAUGAGAUCGGCCGUGAGACCGCACGGGCAUUUUUAGCACCCAAACGUCUUGCCGGAGGCCCGGAGGAUGCUCAGCUUGGGACGCCAUCUUUCGAUCAAAAGUCACCCCUAAGUCCCGCUUUGUUCGCCAGUCAAGCUACAAAUUCCCCUAGCAAAGUCAGUGUUCCAUCUCGCAAGCAACGCAAUCAACCAUCGAACCGUGUCCACGAUAUCGAAUUUGCGACAGAAAUCUCCACUUCACUUUUGGCCCAGGUCCGCCAACUGCAAGCUCUUCUCGCAGAACGGGAUGAGACACUCAAGUUUGUUAAUUUGGAAAAAUCGCGACUUGAGUUGGAGGCAGAGGGGUAUGCACAAAGAAUCCGGGCGCUCGACGACAGUGAGCAACGGUACAAGGACGAGAACUGGGCGCUAGAGACUCAAGCACAUGAGUUGAUGGCAGCUGCGAGGGAGGCCACGGAACGUGAACAACGGCUCAACAGCACUAUAACAUCGUCAAAUUCGGAAAAGAACGCCAUGGAACGAGAGCUGGAGGAGCUAAGGCAAACCAAUGCGAGGUUACUUGAAGAUCAGAGCCUCACGCAGAAGGCAAAUGACGCUGAAAUCCAUUUAUUGCGGCGGAAUCUGACUUCUGGCGAUGCUGAAAAGGCCGCGCUCCAAAAGAAGCUGAUGGAAAUGACUUCUCAAAAUCAAGAACUCGCCAAGGCAGUUGCCAUGAGGCUCCGGGACCAUGAAAACCAAGGCCCUAGGGAUCUUUCAUAUGACAGCGAGGGCAAUGAGCCCGAGCAUAUCACACCUGAAAACUCUCCUCCACCAUCCCCCAACAAGUUCACUCCUCGGCAUGGCCAUCUUGAAUCGGAAACUUUGAAGAGUUCGCUCGGCCAUGCUCAUCGCAUGAUCCAGAACCUUAAGAGCACAAUUCACCGCGAGAAGACCGAAAAGAUUGAGCUCAAGCGCAUGCUGCAAGAUGCUCGGGAUGAAGUUGAGCAACGCCGCCGUGAUAGCACUGCGCUAAACGGAACUAGCAAACGUCAGAAGACCAAGACAGAUUCGUCCAGAAAGCCUCCCCGCCCAGAUCUUCUGGGCGCAGGUCGCAAAGAAAAAUCAUUUGUUGAGCUUCACGACACGGACUGGGAAGACAACGCCGGCCAAAUCAGUCCUACCCAGACCCACGCCAAGGCGAUGUCCACUAGGGGCCGCCCUCGCUCGGAGUCUCCCGAUGGACCUAGCGAUGUCUACCAGACAGCUACUGAGGCGGAAGAUGGAUUUGAAACAGCGAAUGAGCGGGCAACCGCAACUGAGAGCGAAGCAUUCCAGACUGGUGUCGAAAGCAUGGCGGAUGACAGCAGCGAUUCCGCAGAUCUUACCGAGACGGAAAAUAGCGUACGGACAACUCCUCGCCGCCGAGUGCCUUCUUCCCUAGUCAUGGCCAAAGCUCGCGACCGCGCCUCAUAUAACAGCACUGCUUCCGGAUCUUCCGAUGAUGAGGAAUAUGAUAGAGCGUUCGGCUCUCCAAGCCAAUUGAAUACCUCACGACCCCGUGUUAAGUCUAAACGCAGCAUCUCGAGACGCAUUCGUCCAUCUGGAGAGGCUACAUUCGCAUCUACCAGUCGACCUUCGAGCUCACGCGAAUCCGCAGCACCCAGCUUUGCGCCAGCGCCGGCAGCGCGAGAGGGCCAGAGCCUCUUUGCCGAACUUGCAGAGCUCGGCAGCGGCGAUGAUGAUGAAGUCACCUCCCAAGCUUCGACGCCGCGCAUGGAGCCUGCAUCGGGUUCACGAAGACCCUCGGAUGCAAUGCUGGAUGCACCCUCUACGCCCGCGAUGGUGGAUUCUGGUGUUAUGACUGUACCUUGGGAGCCGGCGCCUUCUAUCAGUGCUGGAGUUUUUGCUGGAGCUGCCGGUCUCGCUGCAGGAGCUGCUCUGCCGCAUGCUCUCGCUGCACCCCAGGCAGCUCAAACAGCAGACCGGGAGAUCGCUGAGGAAACGAAGGAAGAGCGUUCGGUGCAAGACCAGCAGGACAAUGUCCACGCUCAACCUGUCCUACCACAGAUGGACGUGGCGGACGUUUCUUGCCAAGAGACCACGCCUUCUGCACCUAAGCGGCCUGAUCUCAGUGUCUCAUACAUCACUGGGGGCACCACCACACCUGUGAGGCAUGAGCUAACCCCGCCGGAAGUGCCGGAAAUGACGGUGUCUUCAAUUUCAUCACAAACUAUUAAUCCCGUUGAACCAGCGAUUCUCGUACCUGAGCCAAUCAUCAAGCAUGUUGAUGUCAUCAAAUACGUGGAACGGGAGCCGGAGGUGCCCGAGCUGACCUUCUCCUCCAUCACCAAUCAAUCAACUUCCCCUGCCCAUGCAACACUUGCUGUGCCAGAGCCUAUCGUCAAGUACGUCGAUGUUUGUAUCAAACACGUCGAACGCGAGCGUGAGGUGCCAGAGUUGAGCUUCUCGUCUGUCGCCGCCCAGUCGAUAGUACCUGUCCAGGCAAUCCAGGCAACUGUUCCUGAGCCAGAACCUGUCAUCAAAUACAUCGACAUAAUUAAACACGUCGAGCGCGAGCGCGAGAUCCCCGAGUUGACGUUAUCCUCCAUCAAUAAUCAUUCCACCGUCCCUGUCCAGGCGACGCUUGCUGUGCCGGAGCCUAUCAUCAAGUACGUCGAUGUGAUCAAGCACGUUGAACGCGAGCCUGAGGUCCCCGAAUUGACCUUCUCUUCCAUCACCACUCAAAUCACCGAGCCAGUCAAAGCAACUGUUCCUGAACCGCAGCCGCCUGUCAUUCAAUACGUUGAUGUCAUUAAGCACGUUGAACGUGAGCGUGAAGUGCCAGAGUCGAGCUUCUCUUCUAUCACCACUCAAUCCACUGCGCCUGCACAUGCAAGUCUUGCUAAACCGGAGCCCGUUAUCGAAUACGUUGACGUUAUCAAGCACGUUGAGCGCGAGCGCGAGGUGCCUGAGUUGACCUUCUCUACCAUCAACAACCAGUCCACUGCCCCUAUACACCCAACUGUCGCCAAAGCAGAGCCUAUCAUCGAGUACGUCGAUGUGAUCAAACACGUCGAGCGUGAGCGUGAGGUGCCCGAAUUGACGUUCUCUUCGAUCACCGCUCAAUCCACUACGCCCGUCAAAGCAACUGUUCCUGAACCGGAGCCACCUGUCAUCCAAUACGUCGAUGUUAUCAAGCACGUUGAACGUGAGCGUGAGGUACCGAAUUUGACAAUCUCUUCCCUCAACCCAGCAUACACGGAACCUAUUAUUCCAAGGCCCCGCCUUGCCCCUACGCCGGCAUUGUCAUUCUCCUCUGUCCGCUCUGUGGAAACUCAUCCAGUGAAGUCUAUGCCAUCUGUCAUCCCUGCGGUGGCAGACUUGUCUACUCAAACCGAGUCGACAGAGUCAAAGGCCGCAGGUGCCGCUGUGAUUGUUCACAAAGACGAGCCUACUGGUGCUACUCGUAGCCGCACUAGCACCGCCAAUAGUGAUCGGCUCGCUGGUGCUGGACUGGCCUUGAACGAUAUCUCUGGCAACGCCCUUGCCCGCUCUGCUAGACAGCAAUCUAUUUCAGUGAGCAUGGACCAAGGAUCCCAGACUAUCCUGUCCUCUAAACAGAUAGAUCAAAUCCUUAUGGAUCGUGUGUCCGCACGCCCGCUAUCUUCCGACAGCCAGGUAACGGACAACUCACGAGAGAUUGCCGCAGUCACUACAACUGCCGCAUCUCCUUACGUGACACCCAAGGCUCCGACGCGACCCCGCCUUUCGCAAAUUCCGUCUGCGAAAUCAACGACGCCAACUCACCGCCGGCCUCCCAGUGCGGCCAGUCAGACAUCCAGUGUCAGUCAUCCCCCACUGCCCGCCGAUCACCGGGAAGCUAUCAUGGCAGCCGAGAAGAGGCCGAUCGAUAUGCCUCCGCCAUCUCCUACCUCUAUAAUGGGGCCUCCUUUGGCACCUGCCUCCGCCUACCGCAUGAACUCCCAGCGCCCACUUACGCCAGGCGAACAUGCUGCGCGGGCUAGCUCCUCAAGAACCGGUUCAUCUCAGGCUAGAAUGAGGAGAGAAAGUCAAAGUCAGAUGUCUCGACGAUCCUCAGUGUCGUCUUUUGCGUCUGAGCUCGAGGAGCGUUUCAACAUGGCCCCUCACGCUGGCCCUAUGCCUCAUGGCUAUGGACCUAAUACGGAUCCACGUAUGAUCCAAGCGAUUACUCAAACCAUGAUCGGUGAAUUCCUUUGGAAGUACACUCGGAAGACCGGCUCAGCGGAUAUGUCCACAACACGGCACCGACGAUAUUUCUGGGUUCACCCGUACACUCGUACUUUGUACUGGAGCACGCAGGACCCGCAAACUGCCGGAAAGAGUGAGCUCCGAACCAAGAGUGUGCCUAUCGAGGCUGUUCGAGUGGUUGCGGAUGACAACCCGUAUCCUCCAGGUCUUCACUGCAGGAGCUUGGAGGUUGUCAGUCCUGGCCGACGAGUUCGCUUUACGGCUACGACGAGCCAGAGGCACGAGACAUGGUUCAACGCAUUGUCUUACCUCCUUUUAAGGGAGACCAACGACAGCUGCGAGGACAAUAACAGCGUAACCCUCGACGAUAUCAACGAAUUCAAUCCCCCUAGCUUCCAGUCUGGUUCUCGCCAGACAGCACGGAUGUCGUUCUCAUCUUACAAUAGCCGCACCGCUCGUCAAGCAGCCAAGCAACAGCGGCGAGCGGCCUCGGCGAUGUCCAUGCGGUCUUCCGGGACUCUCGGUGGGCGUGCAUCACCGGCGCUCAGUUCACCUGUUCCAAACUCGUCGUUACAAGUUCCCGAUGAUCGCCAACGUUCCUCGUCAAGACUCAGCACCAUCUCUAGUUCCAUUCGGGGAUCCAUCGCAAGCUUGAAGGGACGGCACGGUCAAACUCCUAGUGUCCACGACGAAAGUCUGCAUGGCCAAGAAAGCGCCGAUGAUCUGAGACAAGUGAUCGAAACUCAGGAACAAGACCGGCUCGAAAAUGUCCGCGCCUGUUGCGACGGAAAACAUGAUGUUGGCUCUCUUUCUCGCACCAGUCGGUACAGCCCGAGGGUCAACCGCAUCCACUCACCCCACCGUCACUGA